AUGUCAGCGCUCAGCAUCGAAAGGCUUUUUGGAGUGAAAGGCUAUGUAGCCGUAGUCACUGGAGGCAGUAGUGGACUGGGUUUCAUGAUAAGUAAGGGACUGGUCGCAAACGGCGUGAAGGUCUAUGUCGUGGCUUUGCCGACUGAACCAAUAAAAGAGAAAGUAGCUGAGCUUAAUGACAUUGGACGUUCUGUAGGCGGCUCGGCGCAUGGAUUGUCUUGCGACGUUAGCAAUAAAGACCAGAUUGCAGAGCUAGCAGCAGCGAUUAGCAGUCUGGAAGACCACAUCGAUGUCUUGGUUUCCAACGCUGGUGUAAGACGUGAUCCUCCAAUCCCUUGCGACGUCCUUUCAGCUCCAUUGUCCGAGCUGCAAGCAUCGAUGUGGUCGUCGCGACAUUCCGAUUGGGCCGAAACAUUCUGUGUGAAUACCACCGCUCAUUACUUCUUGUCCGUGGCAAUGUUGCCUCUCCUGUCUGCAGCUUCGGAAGUCAAGUCGGAAGAUGGACGGCUGGGCAGAGACGAUGGUCGUGGAGCGAUUGUGAUGACAAGUUCUUGCGCAAGCAUGCACAAUGCGACAAACGUGGACCUGACUAGCUACGCUACAAGCAAAGCUGCAACCGACCAUCUCGUCAGAUUGCUAGCCGCUAAGUUCAGUCGAUUCUACGUCCGAGUGGUGGGUAUCAAUCCUGGCUUCGUUCCAAGUAACAUGAACCCAGUGGGCAAAGCAGGAAACAUGUUCAGCUCUCUGUUCGCUCGAGUCCCAGCCAAACGGGCUGGUCGGGACGAGGAUAUCGCUGGGGCCGUCAUCUAUCUUAUCAGCAGAGCCGGGGCUUACAUUGAUGGAGUAUCUAUCUCUAUUGAUGGAGGUCGUGUUCUUGUUGCCAACGGACAAGAGUGAACCAUCCAUACUCCACGAUAUGUUGGAAGGAAGUCCACUAGACGGUCGAUGAACAUUGUUAUCUGCUGCCAAG